AUGGCCUGUGCCCUUCUCUUCAGGCUUCUCCUACUUAUGGCCUUGGGAGCCCCCUCCCAAGGCAACGGCCUCAGCCCCACAUCUCACCUUCGUUAUUCCAGGUUCCUGGAUCCUUCCAAUAUCAUUUUCCUGCGCUGGGACUUUGACCUUGAGGCUGAGAUCAUCAUUUUUGAGCUCCAGGUCCGGACGGCUGGCUGGGUAGGCUUGGGUGUCACAAAUCGCUACACCAACGUGGGGAGCGAUCUGGUUGUUGGAGGAGUCCUGCCUGACGGCAAUGUCUAUUUCUCGGACCGGCACCUGGUAGAUGAAGACACACUGGAGGAGGACGGGAGCCAGGAUGCUGAGCUGCGGGGGCUAACAGAAGAUGCUGUCUACACAACAAUGCGCUUCUCCAGGCCCUUCCGCUCCUGCGACCCUCAUGACCAAGACAUUACGAGUGACACCAUGAGAGUGCUGGCUGCCUACGGCCUAGAUGACACUCUGAAGCUGGAUCGGGAGCGUACUUUUGUCAAGUCCAUCUUCCUGCUACAAAUAGUCCACCCUGAUGAUCUUGAUGUCCCUGAAGACACCAUCAUCCAUGAUUUGGAGAUCACUAAUUUCCUCAUUCCAGAGGAUGAUACCACAUAUGCCUGCACCUUCCUCCCUCUCCCCAUCGUUAGCAAGAAACAUCACAUCUACAAGUUUGAGCCCAAGAUGGUCCAGCACAAUGAGACGAUGGUGCAUCACAUCCUGGUGUAUGCCUGUGGCAAUGCCAGUGCACUCCCCACCGGCAUCAGCGACUGCUAUGGGGCUGACCCUGCCUUCUCCCUCUGCUCGCAGGUCAUCAUGGGCUGGGCUGUCGGGGGCACAAGUUACCAGUUUCCAGAUGACGUGGGCAUCUCUCUUGGGACGCCCUUGGACCCCCAGUGGAUCCGACUAGAGAUUCAUUACAGCAAUUUUCAUAACCUUCCUGGUGUGUAUGAUUCCUCAGGGAUUCGAGUGUACUACACUGCAGAGCUGCGCAAAUACGACAUGGGAGUCCUCCAGCUGGGCUUCUUCACUUUCCCCAUCCACUUCAUACCCCCGGGUGCUGAAUCCUUCAUGUCCUAUGGGCUGUGUAAGACUGAGAAGUUUGAAGAGAUGAAUAGGGCCCCAGUGCCUGACAUACAGGUGUAUGGCUACCUGCUCCACACGCACUUGGCUGGCCGGGCUCUGCAGGCCGUGCAAUACAGAAAUGGAACACAACUCCGAACAAUCUGUAAAGAUGACUCCUACGACUUCAAUCUACAGGAGACUCGAGAUUUACCUCAUCGAGUGGAGAUUAAGCCAGGAGAUGAGUUGCUGGUUGAGUGUCACUACCAGACGCUGGACCGCGACUCCUUGACUUUUGGGGGUCCCAGCACCAUUAAUGAGAUGUGCCUCAUCUUCCUCUUCUACUAUCCCCGAAACAACAUCUCCAGCUGCAUGGGGUUCCCUGACAUCAUCUACGUGGCCCAGGAGCUGGGGGAGGAGGCAUCAGAUUCCUUGGAGGCCAUGAUGGCCAUGAACAAUGUUGAGUGGACCCCAGAGAGCAUUAAGAAGGCUGAGAAAGCCUGCAAGGAAGCCCAGCAGACAGUGAUAAUAAAGACCAUUGACGAGAUAGUGGAAAACACAACAGGCUGGAUUUCGGAAAUCAUCCGUGCUCCUCGGGGGCCCUGCUUGGAGUCCUCGGGAGGCAAAGUGGAGCCCCAGGACAAAAUCCCUGAAGGCUUCAGGGCUGCACCAAUGGCCGUCUCAGGUUCUAACACUGCUACCUGGAGGCGCCUCCCCCUGGCUGCCCUCCUGUUUGGGCAGGGAGUCCUGUCUUUGCUCCUUACCGCUCUGCAGGCUGGAGUCUGAUACUGUCUCCUCAUGUCACAUACCCAGGCCCCUCUCUGCUCAGGCAUCCCCUUAUCAUCAAACACAGAAACUCCCCUCUGCUUUGGACCCCAAAAAUUCCCCACCUUGCCUCUUCCCAUGACCCAGGCCAUGACACUGCAGGUCUAGGCAUUUUAUAUGUUCCAUAAAGGUUCUUCUAUGAUGAGCUAUGCAAGUCAUCCUUUAAAGCUUUAGAAGCACUGAUGGGACCACAUAUUUUCUGACAAAAUCUGGAUUCAAGGCAGAGUGUGAGACUUCUUACUCUCUGAGAAGUCUGUUGCUCCAGCUCACUUAAGGAUGCUACAUUGGGAGCAUCUUGAAUGCAUCUUGAAUGCAAAGAGCAAGCCCUGCAAACCCUCCUUGGCCCAUGUUGACCUUGGAGGGGCCUUCUGUUUUUCUUUCCUUCUGACAUUUUUGCCCAACCCUCCCUGUGAGACAGAGGCAGCAAGCUGCAUGUGUGAUUUGUGGUUAACGGAGGGGCUCUGUUUAUA